UCUCGGUAGUGUAUUGUUUUGUGCGAAAGUAAUACAAGAUUUGACGAUCGUCUGUAGAAAUGCAUUGAAUGCGUUACGAAAGAAAAGGGAAUGAGCUCGAAAGUUUUGUUGCGACGCUUGGCACUCAAGCAACUCACCGUAGUCACCCACCGGUCAUUGUGUACUGUAGCAGAAUCACAUUAUGUAAAUGGUACCAUGCAGUACAGUUCUGAUGAACAGCAAAAAAUUCUGGAGAAAGUGAACAGUUGCUCUCCUGAGGAGCUUGCAAGGUAUAGAAUAAGUCCUACAAGAUUGGCACGAUUGUCAAAUCAUCGCCAGAAAUUUGGCUCCUUUGCAAAUCUUGAUGAUGUUCUUAAAGCAAGUGGUAUGACACCUGAAACUCUUGACAGAUUUUGCAAUAGUGUUCUGUGUCCAUCAACUACUGAAAGGUCACAUGGAGUUAGAGUGCAGCUGAUCAAGCCGAACCUCACCAACUCUGCCAGAGAUAACAUACAGAACGUUAUAGGGAUUAAUUUCUUGCCAUACACUGUGACUUGGGCAAAGAUUGACAGAGAGGGUAAUCUCUUGGAAUGGAAUUUCCAGCACCUGGAUCUUGGGUCCAAAAAACAGCAUCCACUUAAUUUGCUUGAGAUAGCUGCAGGUAUCACAGAAAAGAUUCCUAAUUGUGAUGCCUAUGUGAUGGAGGAAAUGGGAACCCCUGUGCAAUUGGCAAAGAAUUUGUUAAAUGCACUUCAGACAGUUCAACUUCGCGCAAUGUUUAUUGCUUUACUUAGUGCAUCUUCUUUGAAUUCCUUUGGAGGUAAUGGCUUCUUACAGGAUAAACAACAGAAGGUUUUCUUUCUCAAAUCUCAUCUUCCGGCACGGCUUUUCCAGACACUUAUCGGGUCAGAGCGUGUUUCUGCACAGUCUGUUGUAGAAGAAAUUUUCCAAGGGAGGUCAACUUCUGCAGCUCUUAACUACACGCCAAUAAUUGUUCCUAAUCAUGUUCAAGAUUAUUAUCGUGCAUGUGACAGUGCAGAGCGAGAAAUGUUGUGCCAGUCCUUACUACUUACAAUGACAUUUAUGGAUGUGGCAAUACAUCAAAAUGAAAGAAGUUUAGCAGCUGUUACUACUCGUAGAAUCUCAGUUUAAUAUUAUUUGUCCUGAUUUUUUACAUUUUUGCAUUCAGUUGGUGUAUGAAGAUCUUGUUAAAGCAGAUUUGUGUAUAGACUGUCCUGGUAUUUAGUAUUUUUUGUCUCAGAUUGUCUUGUGAAAAUUGUAAUUGCAAAAUUACGCAACAGAAACGUUUUGCACUGAAACUUAUUAUUAACUUUCUUGGUCAUGUAAAACACAUAUUGUGUGUCAUUGGAAGAAUAUAUAAAAAUUGGUGUAGUCCUUGACAUUAUGUGCUGUGUGUCAUAUGUGUAUAGACAAAGGAAAAUGGACAGUUUGUUGAUAAAUGUAAUUAAACAAUACUCCUUUGGUAAUACAGGAAAUUAUUUCAAAGUGAGCUUACUGUAGUUGGUGGCAGUGUUAAGGGCCUCUGGCAGUGCAACUCACAAGAAUGUUGCAUUGUCAACUCGGCUGAAAGUGCACAGCAGCUAUGUUACCUUUCUGCCUUUCUGCACCUUGGCAGUGUCACAGACCGGAUAAUCUAAAUCUGUCUCAUAUUUGAAGAAAAGGUCCCUUGCCUGUUUGUGAAACACUUGGCGGCUUCUAGGUGUUUCAGCCAUUGUGAGAAAACACACAGAAAUAAAAAUGUGAUAGAAUGCUCAAAUAUGAUGGAAGUUUACACAGUACAGAAUGCUGAAAUAGACUGAACGCUGAUUGGCUAGGUGUGCAACUGUCUACUAUGCAUUCCCGG